GUAACAUCCAAACCAAUUCAGUAUUUCUCAUAAUUAACACUGGUCAUUCUCCUCAGCCUUUGGGUAACAUUCAGACAUUACAACAACCAUGGCGGGAAAAUAUUUCCUGCUGACAAGUCUGUUGGUAAUUUUUCUGUUUUUAUCAACCGAGGGACGAAAACGCAAACGCCAAAGCAUGAGAACAAUAAUGUUAUCCGACGACCCUCUGGCUUCAGUUACUGCAAUUUUGCCAAAAAGUGUGAUGGGACAAUGUACUUGCAAAUGUUGUGAACCAAAGCCCGCACCCUAUAUUGCGGAACCGUGCAUGAACGACAUUAUUGUUGCCGUCGACAGCAGUGCCUGUUUCAGAGAUCAUCACAGACGUAUGGUGGGAUUUCUGGAAAAUCUUGUAAAUCAAAUCCACAAAUUAGAAGGAGAUGGUGGAUUUGGAGAAGACAAGACAAGAUUGGGGAUUAUGCAGUUCAGCAGUGAGAUUAAACAUGCCGUAUCACUGAGUGAUUUUGAAAACUACCAAAAUCCUGAAACCAGUAGAAACCUCCGAAACGCCAUUCGUGACAAAAUUGUCAGACUAGAAUUUCUUGGAGAAGGAGCCUACCUUGAUAAAGCUCUCAACGAGACUGUCGGUGCAUUUGAGGGAAACCCAAGACCUGAUGAAGUCCUAAGGAAGAGAGGUGUUCCGAGAAAGGUAGUAAUUCUCCUCACCAAUGGAAAAAGUCACCCCAAUGUUAAAGACACAGAUAUACAAAAUUCGGUUUCGCUGAUGGAAAAGAAUGGUAUACUGGUAUAUCCUGUUUCAGUGACCAAGCGAUGCUAUGGCAUAAACGGACCUGAUUCUCUCGAUUGGCAAGAAGGUCUUUGCCCGGAUGUCAAUAUUCUCAAUAUGAUCGCACAAAUUCAGACAACAGAGGAUAGUGAAUUCGUAUCGAUGAGAUCACGUGAUGUUGUACAAUCGCUCGCGAAAGAGGCCACUGACUGCAAUUUUAAACCACCAGACGAUUUGAAAAGUCCCUGCAAUAACUGCACCUGCGAUUGCGAGCUUCCAGUUGGACCAGAAGGUGAAAAGGGAGACAAAGGAGAUAAAGGCGACAGCAUCAUAGGCGAACCUGGUAUACAAGGUGAAGUAGGACCUAAAGGUGACGUAGGUGAUAUCGGUGCAAAGGGCGAACAAGGCGAAAAGGGAGGAAAGGGAGAAUUCGGAGAUAAAGGAGAUACGGGAGAAGUUGGACCUAAAGGUGAUCAAGGAUUAGAGGGUAUUCAAGGACCCGAAGGAGAAGUUGGAGAAAAGGGAGAUACCGGAGAAAUAGGACCUAAGGGUGACUUGGGAGAUAAGGGAGAUUAUGGUGAUAAAGGUGAUGUUGGAGAAAAGGGUGACACUGGUGAAACGGGACCUGAAGGUUUAAAGGGAGAAUACGGUGACAAGGGCGAAACUGGAGAAAAGGGAGACAAAGGAGAAGAUGGAAUCGGAAUUGACGGUAUCGACGGAAGACCGGGAGACAAAGGAGAUAAGGGUGAUUUGGGAAACAAAGGAAUGAUUGGACCAAAGGGUAUGACUGGACCCCAAGGUCUUUGUGGAAAACCUGGUCCCGCUGGAAUUCCUGGCGAUCGGGGAUUACCUGGACUUGAUGGUGCUGAUGGAUCAGCUGGACCCCCCGGACUCCAAGGACCUCGUGGCGAAGCAGGAAUUCAAGGGCGAAAGGGAGAAGCUGGUCAACGCGGACUUGAUGGAGAUGCCGGACCGCUGGGUCCUCCAGGAAUUCCUGGACCUCGUGGACCACAGGGAGAACCUGGCGAAAGAGGAGCGGACGGUGCUGAAUCUGUUGUACCUGGACCAAGAGGACCAUCCGGUAUACAGGGGCAAAAGGGAGAAAGGGGUUCCGCCGGCGAAGACGGACUGAAUGGUUUGCAAGGACCUCCCGGUUCCCAAGGACCAAGAGGAAAUGUUGGACCCAAAGGUGAAGAAGGUGCUCUGAAUAUAGAAGAACUGAAACCGAUGAUUGUGGAUAUCAUCAGAGAUCUUCUGCCAGGAGAAUGCGCUGAACCACAUAAUAAGACAAUCGAUAUAGUAUGCACAGAAUAUCCAGUUGAUUUGGUAUUCCUCAUCGACGGAAGCGAUUCGAUUGACAGAGAUGACUUUGCCAAUGUACAGCAGUGGAUCCUCCAAACUGUUAAAAGUUUUGCCCCAAUGGACCGUGAGAGUCCUCUUCAAAUAGACGUGGUGCAGUUCUCCGAAGCCAGUCGCACAGAAGUGCAUUCUCUCAUCUAUGAAUCAUCCAACGAAAUCAAAGAUCGAGUCGAAUCCAUAGAACAAAUGAGAUCGGGAACAAAAACCUACAGAGGUCUUCGCUUCGUGAACAGUAAUGUAUCCCCCGGAAUCAGACCGGACUCAUACAAAAUCCUGAUCACCAUGACGGAUGGCGAUGCAAGUGAGGACCGUGACCAAUCCGCCAUUGACGAGGCAAGAGAAUUUUACAACAUCAUGCUGGCUGUCGGUGUAGGAGACAAGAUUCGAUUUGAAGAAUUGGAGGAUUUCGCUCACAUGACAAAAAACAGAGUUUUUACCGUCGAUGAUUUUGCUCGCUUGGAGAGUGUUGUCGAACAACUCGUGCUAGAGAGUUGUCGCGAAAUUGGAGAACAAAUAAGAGAAGAUGCUGCAAAGACCACUGAAGCCACGGACGAAGAUGAUGGGGAACCAACACCGCCACCCGAUGAGGAAUACUCUAGAUGCGGAGAUAGCCAAACAGAUAUCGCUUUUUUGGUUGAUGGAAGUUCGUCUGUCGGAGAUGAGGACUUUAACCUGCUACGUAAAUUCUUAUACGAUAUUGUCGGGAGUCUUGAAUACAUUGGACCUGAUGGAUUCCGUGUGUCAAUCAUACAAUACAACGAAAGUCCAAGAAUUGAAUUGAGAUUUGAGGAAUCUGUCAACCCAGCAGCAGUUUUGAGCACAAUUGAAAAUAUUCGUUAUAUAGAAGGAAACACACAGACUGGACAUGCCCUCAAUACGACGAGACAAAUAUUCAAUACAAUACGCGAAUCUGGAGAGAGGCGUAAAGCUAGCCAGGUCAUUGUCGUGAUCACUGAUGGAAGAAGCCAGGAUGAUGUUAUAAAACCAGCGGCCUCCCUCAAGAGAGACGGUGUUGCAAUUUUCGCGAUUGGUGUGACCGAUUCUUCAGAGUACGUCGAAUUGGCUGAGAUUGCCUCGCAACCUUUGGAUGACCACGUGUACAUUGUGGAUACGUACGCAGAAAUAGCAAAGAUUAAGGACAAUCUUCUUCAGAAAAUAUGUAAAGAUGUGAAAGGAAAAUUCAGAGUCAUCGGCGUCAAUGGAGAAACCAUCUACGAGGACGACACAGAUCUUGCUGAGGAAGAUCUUAUUGAAGCAGCGCCAGACGACGAAGAUAAUUAUUCACCAGAUUAUGGCUCUGGUAUAAACGGAGAAGUUUCUUUUGAACUGGUACCUUAAAGAUGAAAGAUUGAUUAAGCCUUCUACAUGCUUUUAAUUGCAACCACUUUGAACAAAUAUAUAUAUUUGUGUUUUAGAUUUCAUUCAAAUGUGUUACUUCAAUGAUUUUCACAUAGCCUAUGAUUCAGCAUAUUAUUUUUCGAAAGCUCAUUUGUCUACAACAAAAUGGCUUGUAACCUAGUACAGAAUAUUUCCGACUUUCAAUAUCUCACGCACGACGGCAUUCUAUAGUUCAGAUUUUUCCUGAUACUAACCUAGUACAUUAGUACUCGGUUGUUACCAGUCAUCCAUGUUUAUUUCCAUUAUUCCAUUAGUAUUUUACCUUCAAAUAUGCAUGCAUUAUUCACCACAUAUCCAUAUAGCAUUUAUUUUCAUGUUAAAAAAAUGACAGUUUACUUUGUAAACUAAUUAAGGAUAAUUGUAAUUGUAAGGAUAGUUAUUCAAGCAAAUUUAUGUAGUCAAAAAUACUGUGUGUACUAGAAUCUACCUAAUCUCUAAUUUAAUAUAGCACAAGAACGGCUCACAUAUAGCCUUUCAACUGAAUUUAAGUUUAAAUCUAAUUAAAAUCAUAAUUUCAAUUAGACACAGAGACUUCUAACUAAUCUUGAGUUUUUAAACCAGGGUAUAUAUUGCCGCUUAAUUGCUUUUGUAUUCAUUCGUGUCUGUAUAUUUUUCUAGCAUUUUCCUGCUCACUUUAUAACGCUCAUCUUCAAUUACCUACAUAGCAUUGACUCCCAGAGUCAUUUCAUUUAAAACUUCAUACACUUGUUUUGCUUAUAGCUCAGUUUUCAAAUACAUGGUAAGCAU